AUGUCCCUCAAUAACGAGCACGAGAAUGAGAGCGAGAUACCCCAUGAGGAAAAUGAGAGUCUUUCAACGGAGUCUAGUCAGAGCGGUUGGAGAUCGGUAUGGAAUGACAAUAAAGGCAUGUUCCUAGUGAUUCUUGCGGAAUGGGUUGGGUCUUCUAUGGAUGCCAUGGUGCGGUUUCUGCAGCAAGGCGGGCAUGGCAUGCAUCCAUUCCAAGUAAUAGUAGCACGCAUGAGUAUGACAUUCAUCCUCAGUAACCUCUAUAUGUGGUAUACAUCUGUGCCGGAUUACCCUUUCGGGAACGCUAAAGUCAGAGGCUGGCUUAUACUCCGAGCUUGUUUUGGAUUCGGAGGACUGUUCUGUUUAUAUUAUUCCGUCCAUUAUCUGCCAUUAGCAGAAGCAACAGUCUUCCGCUUCCUCGUCCCCGUCGUCACAGCAUGGGCCUGCUCCCUCUUCCUCGGCCAGCGUUUCCGGCGCGCCGAAUUCCUCGCCGGCAUCAUCGCUCUGAUCGGUGUGAUUUUCAUCGCCCACCCAGAGUUUAUCUUCGGCCGCGUGACCGAUGCCAUCGAUGCUGAUAAAGCAGGUGACGUCGACGAUGUAACGUCCACGCAACGCCUCAUCGCCAUCGUAGUCUCUCUGCUUGGAGUCAUCGGUGCGUCCGGUGCUUACACGACGAUACGAAUCAUCGGCAACAGAGCACACGCUCUCAUGUCCGUGAACUAUUUUGCUAUUCUCGGGACAAUCGGCUCCACCAUCGCACUGCUCGUUAUCCCUGGAAUCGGCUUCAGCAUGCCGCGCGGGGCGCGGGAAUGGGUUUUACUGCUCUUGCUGGGAGUGCUGGGCUUUGUGUUGCAGUUUUUGCUGACGGCGGGGCUGCAGAUGGAUAAGAGUAGUAAGGCGACUAGUAUGAUGUAUACGCAGGUUAUCUUUGCGCUGGGCUUUGAUUGGGCGAUUUGGGGCGUGUUGCCUAGUGCUUGGAGUUGGUUUGGAGGUGCGAUUGUGGUGGGGGAGUACGCUUUGGGCGGCGGUGCAGAAGAAGGAGGUGGAGGUGGAGGGGAAGGGCGAGGGUGGUGA